UUCGGGGGUGUGUGUAGGCGGAAUGAAAAAUAACAAUAUUGCAGUCAGUGGUGAGCAAGUGGAUCUGAAGCAAAAAUCAUUCCGCACCAAAAGAAACUUGUAAAAAUCGUGAAAAACUGCGAAAAAUGUUCCAAAUUGUGUUUAUUGAGUGAUAGUUCGAACGUUUCGACAUGGAUUCCAAAAAGGACAUAUACAAUUUGUGGAUUCAGUACACAACAAAGAAUGAGGAAAUCUACUUCCGGCAGUUUAUCCAAGGAUUCGUCAGCAUUUGGCAGAAUCAGCUGCUGCUGGAUUUCGACAAUAUUCCGCCCUGGUCGUCGAUUGCUCCCGAUUCCGGACCACACCUGAAUCGGCUCCCGGAGGAGCUGCUGCCGGCAAUAGAGAAGUUCCUGAUAAUCGCUCGGGACAAGUUCGAAAGGGCGUCCGGUGACGAUACCAACGAGGAAAAGGACAAUGAAGCGAUUGACGAGAUUCAGCUCCUGGUACGAUGUCUGACCAUAAUCUGCCGUCAUUUCGACAACAUCGGAACAAUCAUCAAGUCCAGCUAUAUAUCGAGCUGCGUAGCCAUUUCAAAUUCAAUUAUCGAUAAGCUGAACGUUUCUCCAUCAGUGAGCACGGCGCAGAUCCUGUUUCUGGAAUGUUUCAGCCAAUUUCUCGAAGUCCUGUACGAUCCUUACUUCACGUGGCGCAAUUUUUUGCGUGGGGAUGUGGCCGACUAUGCAAAGCUCGCAUACAAAAUCUCGCCCAUGCACGCCGAAAUAGUGCCAUUCAUUUACGAUUGCUUCCAAACGAAGCAAAUCUCCCGGCAUCCCGAAAUCGGUAAACAUUUGAUUCACAUCCUCGGUGCAGUGAUAUCUGGAUCGCAGGUUGCUCUAAUUUCAGAAACGAAUCAGAACAUUAACUCUUACCAUCUAAACUAUCCCUCUGGUGAAGGAUCUGCGAAUGUGGAUAAUGGAUUACGUGCCAUAAGUCCCGCUACAGUUACCAUUAUAAUGGAUAUCCUUUCCAAGUGGGAAAGCGAUUCCAAUCUACGUCAGCUCGUGCUACAGUGUUUCUCAAUGAUGGCAAUCAUAUUGCAAAAGUCUAGUCCUGAACAGCGCCAAAUCGAUUUACUCACUAUUUUUCAACUGUAUCUGGGAGCCGUUCACACUUUGCUGGAGACGGACCAUUUUAUGCAAAAAUCUUCGCCGGCGGAAAGUUUCGAGGUGUCGCCAAAUGAUGAUAAUUACAUCGAUGUCAAUGCGCUAAACGCGAUCAUCGGAAUAAUAGAGCACUUCCUACCGGCGCACGUUAACAAACACGUUCUGUGCAAUGCAAUGUUCGAAGCAAAGUUCAUACCCAGUCUGGUGCAAAUUCCAGAACGAGUAAAGUCCUGGCACAUCGAUCAUCAAACCUUGGGAUCAACAUUAGUCCGAAAUUUCCACAAACUUUGCAGUUGCUCGGAGAAAAUUCACUACAAUCUGAUGCAUACGAAUAACAUAAACGUUCUGUUUGAUGGGCUUAAACUUUUCGGACGGCCCUCCCAUGAUUUGGUGUGCGAUUGUUUGUAUUUUGCCUUCGAAGGAGGGGAUUACCACAGUUUGAAUGCGAGGAUUGUUACCAAGUUGGUGCAAUGGAUUCCUGCCAUGGCCGAAUCGGAACAAAACUACACCAGCGAUGUGCUGCUGAAGAAGUGUUCGGCCAGCGUACAGAAUAAACAUGCCAUCUCGGAGCAAAGGAUGAUCAAGUGUAUUGUAGAUAGCUGUCUAACCGAUCAAAACAGAUUAACUUCGAAAUGCAGCAUAAAUCUACUCAAACUAAUCGAGGAGCUAGCCAAGCAUAGUAUUCAUCCAAUCGAGCUGAAAUGCCUUCUGCGACUACUUAGGAUCGAAGUCAACUUUGAGUACCGAAAGCAAUUGCUGGAAGUCAUUCUUAGGGUAUCGCAGUACAGGCUGUCGCUCGGGGUCACUCCCGUUGAGUAUCUGGACAUCCAAGGAAACACAAAUGGAAUAACAAUUCCCGAAAUACGCAAAUGGGACACCGCCCACGGAUUCGUAUUCCAUGCUUGGGUUCGCCUGGACAAGGACGUUGAACACUACAGCGACGAGGAAGGAAUCAACCUGCAAAACUAUCGGAGACAUUUGUUCAGCUUGACAACUAAUUUUGGGACGGGAUAUGAAUUUUUCGUUCAAAAGAAUGGCAAUUUUGUGGUUAGUGUCAUCACGAAAAAGGAAUUUUUCACGGCUACGGCUCAAUCGACGCAUCUGCUGGACGGCCGCUGGCACUCCAUUACUGUGAGUGUGAUUCCUCCGAAGAGAUUGUUCUCCUAUCAUCAGAUCAAUGUGUACAUAGACUCGGUGCAGAAACUGGGAUCAACCAUGAAGUAUCCGGCGUUUGCUGAGGUAUUCUAUUACUGUGCUAUUGGCGCUCCAUACAACAAUGUACGAAAAGUGUCGCACACAUCUCACCACUCGAACGCAGCUCGCAUGACGUCAUCACCGGAGAGUACGCCGCCGCCAGUAGAAAAAGAUGAAAAGCCUCGAAGCGGACUGUUUCCCAGUCUAAUGGAGAAGACUUUCUUUCCGGGGAUUGUUUCACAAGUACCCAAUUAUUUCACCCUACCUGCCCGGCAAUCGCCAUCAUCCCUGGAUCCAAGUGUAAAAUCGUACCCAAUCGGAAUGCAAGAUCUGGUGUUUGGAGAGGCAAUCUGCUUGAAAGGACAGCUGGGAAGUGUUCUCCUGGCCGAUACGAAUAUAAAUUUGAAAAGUCUGUUCGAGGCUGGUCCCAGUAUUGCCAAUGUACUCGCGACGGAUAUGAUUGAAUCGUUCGACAUGGCUUCCAAGUUUGUGUUCUGCUUUUCACCGAGUGCUUGCUACGACGGUUUAUGCUUAGAUCUAGCCCCAGGAAAUCAAUACAAUGGCCACGUGGUAGCGAAUGUUUCUAGUAUACUGUCAAUUCAAAACGCCAUUAACGGAGUUGGAGGGAUGAUGGCGCUUUUACCGAUUUUAGACAACAUUUGUAAGAUCCCAGCGUGUGACAUUCCCACUUCUGAUGAGCUACUUCCACUAACACCGGUGGCCUCACCAACAAGAGAGGACCACUUCGGUGACUGGGAAAUGCUGCAACCAAAUUCCUUAACCGAAAAUAAGAUCAUUCAGAACCCUAUUGCAUGCUUUAUUUGUUUGGUGCGAAAUUUUAUGCACGGAAACGAUUUAAACAAAGAAAGCAUACUGAAAAAUGAAGGCAUUUCUUUGGUAAGUCAGCUUUUACAAACAUGUAACGAAGCGUGGUUCGAUGUUAACGUACUGAUGGCGGUACAACUCCUCAUUGAGUCGAUCCAAAACGAGAUGCCGUCGGCCAACAUGGACCUUCUACAUGUGCUUUACAAAGACCUGGUGUUCAACUUCCGUAUCUGGUCGAGAGCGCCGUUCCAAAUCGUAAUUGGACACAUUCAGUACAUUAGUGCAAUCAUCAAAGACGAUAGGAAAUAUUUUCGCAAGCAUUUCGGAACACAGUUUUUGCUGGACGUGAUUCAGGAAUUUUUCGCUGCGAAUUGCAAUCUCCCCCUACAGGAUGCCAAAAUGGUUCGCGAUUCGUUGCUUAGGAUCCUUCGAUACUACCUGCAGAAGGAGGUCAACAUUAAAGAGAUAUCCGCACUGCUGACCUUCCUGACGACGGUGAAAUCGGAGCCCGUGGUUGUGGAGAUCAUCGAAAUGCUAACCCAACUGAUCGAGGGAAAACACGUCAAGGAUCAAAUAUUUCUGCUAAUGUACGAACCACACAUGGCGGAAGCGCUGUAUUCCCUGUUCACAGAUCGACACUUUGGCACCGAGGUUCAUACAAGGCUACUGAAGUUUAUCAGCGGCAUGCUAAACACCAAACGAAUCUCCAGCAAACACAAAGCAGCGCUACGACUUUACGAAAGUUCAAUAGAAUGCAACAGUCUUUACCCAGGGCUGUUCUCGUUUAUGAUCCCCUUCGAUCUGGAACCGGAUGUGAUACUGGGUUUGUUGGAUCUAAAUCUUUGUCUGGAUUCUGAAAUGGGUUACGCCGGGGCUUUGUGCUUAAUAUAUCACGCCAAUUUGGCAAGCUUAUCGUUGAAGCUGGAGAUUGCAAGAAGGUUGAUGACCAGCACUUUCACAAAAUCAAAAGCUCCUCAAAUGAUAGCCAAGCAAGUGGGUUGGCAAGAGUCGAUUGCGCGGUUGUUGAUCAAAAAACCAGUCGAGAAUCGGUCACUUUCGGAAAAAGAAAAAGAGAAAGGACUCAUUUUGACCGACAUCGAGGAAAUUGUAAAACGGGAAAGUGAGUCUUCAAUUGGAAAUGGUCAAAAUGAUCUGAUCGUGUUCGACGAUGAGACGAUGGAAUUGAAAGCUCAGGAAACUUCAAAGCAACCGAACUCCUUCAUGACGGAAGCUGCGACAGUGAUUGAGAAUGAAAUCAAAGAGUUAGCUGAUAGUGUGCAGGAAGCAGUGGUUGACAAUAUCACAUCGUCGAUAACCUCGGUUUAUUCGGCAAUCAGGCAGAAAACCUCCGACAUUCAGGAUACUUUAGAGUCCCUGACGUUGAGUUUUGAGGAAGCAUCAGGAAGAAAGAAAAACUCGUCCUCUUUUUCGAGUAGCAGCGAUGAGAAUGCUUCGUUUGACGAAUCAUUGGCAGUAUCAUCUGUGAGAGACGACACACAAUCAACGAGAAGUGUUGAUGAUUUGGAUAGUAGUGUUGCCGCAGGUACCGACGAUCCCAAGUUAAAGUGUUCCGAAGAUAAUGACGAAGAAAAUUUAGUGUAUCUUGUGUCGAAUAUUUUGUUCACAAUUUUGUGGCGUGGUGUGGAAAAUUCUAAUGAUUCUUGGAAAGAGCGUGGACAAGUGAUGGCGUGUAUCAAUUUGAUAGCUUUAAAUAACGAGUUGUACUGCUCGCACUUGAGUUUGAGAUUGCGGAUUCUCGAAAUGGGGGUUCAAGCGGCGUUAAUUGAUUUGGGAGAAAAUGCACAGCUCGCUGUUACGCAUCAGCAAAAUGCAGCUCAACUGCUGAGGCUUGCGUAUGAUUUGGUAGUGUUGGAUCCGAAUGAAGAUGAUUCGAAGAAGUGCUCGACGAAGUUAUUGGAUGGUGUUCUAUCCCUGCUAGAUAUUCUUAUGGUGUUUCAACAGAGCAGCUCGGACGAUUGGUCCGAAAUGUCGCAUGUGUGUUUAGGCUUGCUGCUGAAGUGUUCUCACAAUCCCAACUCGGAUAUUGUGGCAAUGGCUACGGCCAAAUUGCAUGGCCUAUUACAAAAUCGAGUGAAUCAAGAUCCCGCGGAAAUCGGUUAUUUGUUGUAUAGUUUGAACCAGGCUAUCAGUAGUGCAAUAGAAGUGGGAAACUCCGAGCAGUAUUCGUUUUUGAUACCGGUGCUAAAAGCGCUGCUGGAAAAAUCAAGAAUGGUUAUUGGACUAACAACGAGUGCACCUGAUCUACCUUCAACGUCAUCGGGCCCUAUUUUCUUCCAAAACUUCCAAAUGUACUGUGUGAGCAAACAGUGGACCACGUUCAUCGAAAAGAAGAUCAAGCCACUGUAUAGCACCUAUCAGAAAGACUUAUCUAACUCGCUGUGGGAGCCGCUGAACACUUUUUGGGCCGAGUGCUACGAGUCGUGUAAAUUUUCGUCUCAGCGUCGUGCCAAGCUGCAGAUGGAAAGCCGUCGGAAGUUCCAGGAGAAAAUAUUGAUUCCAUGCCGAAUACGGCAGUCGGAGGAACUUGCACGAAUCACAGUGCAGCAGACGCAGCGGAAGGCGAAAGAUGCACACAUUGACCGUAGGUGGCAGAUGUUGAAGCGCUUCUUAUAUGGACCAAAGGGCGCGUGGGCCAAACUAUCGUCCGAGGAGGAAUAUUGGCGUUUAUCUCACCACGAAAACAACGUCCGUAUGCGGCUCAAGCUAGAGCCUGACCUGAAUCACGAUCCUCACACUGCUGCUUCCAAUAUGCGUGACAAUACGACCAGUACGUCUCAAACUCAACGUCUGUCGGCUGAACUGAGCUCAACGAUUGCCCCUGCGGCACUUGGCGAUGAAAGUGUCGACGAUGACAUUCUUCUUCUCGAGGAGGAAAUGCGCAACAAUGUGGAACCGCAAGUUCCUGAAACAUCCGGUAAGGAGAAAAUUGUCAUCUCUCAGGAGUGCGAGUUGAUAACGCUGAUGACAAGAGUCAAGGGAAGACUCGAUCUAACCACCAAUCAGAUAGUGUUUUCCGAAAUUAGUGCCAUACGUGACGAUGGUCAACGCCAUGAUUUCAAAUUUCCAAUUAGUCAAUUGCGAGAACUGCACCUGAGGAAGUUCAACCUACGCCGAAGUGCUUUGGAAAUGUUUUUGAUAGAUCAAACGAGUUAUUUCCUCAAUUUUACCACUAAGACUCGAAAUAAAAUUUUCACAAAAAUUCUUAGCCUGCAACCACCAAAUAUACUGUACGGAUCGGGACGAUCACCAGCAGAACUAUUGCGAUCUUCUGGUUUAACUCAGAAAUGGGUCAACAGGGAAAUAUCAAAUUUUGAAUAUCUCAUGCAUCUGAACACCAUCGCAGGUCGUUCGUACAAUGAUCUUAGCCAGUAUCCGGUAUUUCCGUGGAUAUUGGCAGACUAUACGAGCGACAUCUUGGAUCUCACCGAUCCGAAAUCGUUCAGGGAUCUGAGUAAACCGAUUGGCGUAGUCAAUCCGAAAAAUGAGAUUGAAGUGAGGAAUAAGUACGAAAGCUUCGAAGAUCCGUCCGGGAUGAUCCCAAAGUUUCAUUACGGCACUCACUACUCCAACUCAGCUGGUGUGCUACAUUAUUUGAUAAGAGUUGAACCGUUCACAUCUCUACACAUAGAGCUGCAAAGUGGACGAUUCGAUGUCGCUGAUAGACAGUUCCACUCCAUUCCGCAAACCUGGAAACUAUUAAUGGAUAACCCAAAUGACGUAAAAGAAUUGAUACCUGAAUUUUUUUAUUUCCCGGAGUUUUUAAAGAAUCUGAAUCAAUUUGACCUUGGAAUACUCCAACAAACAAAAGAACGAGUGGAUAAUGUUGUGCUACCUCCUUGGGCCAAAUCAGCAGAAGACUUCAUAGCAAUCCACCGACGAGCGUUGGAAUCAGAGUACGUUUCUCAGAAUCUUCAUCAUUGGAUUGAUCUGAUUUUUGGGUGCAAACAGAAGGGGGCUAAAGCUGUCGAAGCCUUGAAUGUGUUCUAUUACUGCUCGUAUGAAGGGGCAGUCGACCUAGAUAAAAUAACCAAUCCCGUGGAAAGAGAAGCCGUCGAAGGAAUGAUUAACAAUUUCGGCCAAACUCCGUCGCAACUGCUGCGAGAACAUCAUCCCAAACGACUUUCCCAGGACGAGUUAACGAUGAAGUUGUUAAAGUUGGAACUGAAAAAGCCCGAUCUCACUCUGAUCCUAGAUCGCGUGAACAGUGUCAAUUGCGAGCUUUCCACAGACAAAGAUCCAGUCAUGUACCUCAGCACACCUCGAAGUCCUCCGCGAUCAUUUUUGCAAACUAGUCCGGAUAUGCUGAUUUCGGUCACGAAAAAUGGUAUCCUCGGCUGCCACAGCUGGAUGUCGUUCGACAAAGAGAAAGGAUUUUUACUCGAAAUCGAUGCCACUACCUCCAAUCUGAAAAACCGCAAGAAACUAAUCGGCCCAUUCCAUCCUUCGAUAAAUUUGAAUUCGAAUCUAUUCGCUGUUAGCGUCGAUGGCAAAUAUUUGUAUGCCGGUGGCAUCUGGGACAAUUCCGUUCGUAUGUUCAAUAUGGCACGAGGAAAGGUGGUCGCAUCGGCGAUUCAUCAUUUCGACGUAGUAACAUGUGUAGCAUUGGACACUUGCGGAUCGUACCUGGUGACCGGUUCCAAGGACUGCACCUGCAUAAUAUGGUCUAUCAGCAAUGGAAGCACUAGUGGUGCUUCCAGUGCGUCGAAUCUUCAGCCAAACACGGCAGCAUUGAAUCAGAAUCUGGCGGGGAACGUUGUGGGAAGUGCCAACGUAGUUCACCUCACCAAUAACCUAACACCAAAGCCGGUGCACACGUUGUAUGGCCAUGAUGGGCCUGUUUCUUGUGUUGCGAUCAUGACGGAGUUGGACAUAGUGGCGUCGGGAUCUCUGGAUGGAACAGUCAACGUGUAUACGGUGAAAGAAGGUCAAUUCGUAAGGACAAUAAACCCCAUAGGCUGUACGGGUUCAAUAAUCGAAAUUUCAUUCAUUACUCUUUCUUACCAAGGUCACAUUGCAUUCUCAGCACUAGAUGACACAUCCCACUCUGUCCACGUAUUCAGUAUUAAUGGCGUUAAUUUAGGUUCCAAGUACGUAUCUGGGCGGGUCACAGGGCUGUCCACGGCAACCGAUUACCUGGUAGUUUCCGACGAUGCAGGUGAUCUCACCAUGAGUCGUCUCUAUGGGUUGAAGCCCAUCUUUGACAUUCCGCUGCAUAUUCCCACCCAAACGAUCGUUGCUACUGGCGGUAACACCCACCUGUUGGCACCGCUUCGUGAUGGAAGCUUAGCUGUGAUUGGCAUCAUGCAACCGAUUGCAUACAAAAAGCACGCUGUUCUGAACGUUUAGAUCGAUUUCCAUGCAAUACCAGUGCAGAUUGAUAUUUUGUCAAUCUAUUAUUUAUUUUCAUCCCACAAAAAAUAAUGAUAUUUUUUUCUACCAACUUAAGAGCGUUUUGCUACACCUACACACAUUUUAACAUUUAUAUCGAUUGAUUAAGGCAAACAUCAGGGUUCUGCGACUACUUCAUACGAGUUAAUAUCCAAAAAAAAGUCAGCUUAGUUCAUAGAAAUUCAUUCGGCUAUUGCUUCAGAUUUAAAGUUUUGACGGUUAAUUAUGCGUAAUGAAAUAAAACAAUGGCGAAUGCAUUGGUCAAUGUAUUUUUUUUCUCAAGAUUAGAGAAUAAUAUAUUAUAUAAUUUUAGAUGAAAUGUUACUUGAAAUGCAUGUUGUUAUUUUAUGGACGUACCUAUAAUGUAGACAACGUAUAUUAUGGACAAAUAUAGAAUCGUUGCAAAUUA